AUGGAGGCAGAGGAAGAGCAACGCCGUCGUUUAAAGCUUGAAGAGGCCCUCGAAAUCCAAUCUCUCAGACGCAUCAUUAGCGCUUACCUCAACUAUCCUGAUGCUGCAGAGGAGGAUGUUAGAAGAUAUGAGAGGUCUUACCGGAAGCUUCCACCUGCCCAUAAGACUUGUUAUGAACUGCUAAUAGUGAUAUUUCUUUGGGAUUACACUGUUAUUUCUGGCUUGGCUCUUCCUAAGCUGGAGCAAGAUGGGUACACUGUGGCCAUUUCAGACUGCAUGGACUGA